CUUUAAUUUUGAAAUGUUUCAAGACCGGUGCGGUUGCCGCUGUUGGGCGUGGCCUGUCUUUGAUGUUUUCGUUGCACUGGAUGCAGUAGCAAAACAAAGCCAAUGAUAUAUACAGCUCUGUGUUCUGAGCUGCGUUUUCAUUAGAAAUUCGCAGAGGGGGUUUUCAUCACAUAAACCGCCAGGUUUGUGAAGCUCUUCGCACGGUAGGAAGGAGGAAGUGGAGUGGGGUUUAACUUACUGCUGGCAAAGAAAAGAAAGUAAACUGCUCCACGGUGCUCUUCUGGAUCAGCGGGCAUUCAGGUGUUUGUCUGCCCGGUAAAGGGUCGAGGAGAGGGAGCAGGACGGGAUGUUUGCUCGGAAAAACAAGCGAGCUGCAGCCAAACAGAUGGGACUGUUGCUUGAUUUCAAGCCAGAUGAUAUGAUGAACAUGGAGCAAGAUCUGGAUGAUCCAGGUUUAGAAGCAGAAUUUGCUGCCAUUGUUGGGAAGAAACCCAAUGUGGCUCCCAAGGGGAAAAAGGCUGGAAAAGCUCCAUUACCGAUGGAGGAUAUUGAAAAAAUGGCGGAGGCCUGCAUGAAAGACAUUGAUGAUGAUGAAGAUGAUAGUCUGGAGGAUGAUGAAGACCUCUUGGCUGAGCUGCAGGAAGUGGUUGAUGAUGAGGAAACAGAAGAUUCAGGUGCCAGAAACCCCGCCUCCCACAUUAGUGCGGAAACCUCUACAGCAGAAUUGACGGCAGCCAGCCAGAACACUAAGGUUUCUUCAGUACCUGGUACCAUUGAGCACACUUUAGAGGAGAGAAUAAACCUGUAUAGGAUGGCUGUUACCAAUGCCAAAGCCACAGGGGAAACCUCUAAAGCUCGGCGAUAUGAGAGAGGCCUCAAGACACUACAGACUAUGCUGGCAUCGGUACGGAAAGGAGGGAAGAUUGACGAAACAGAGAUUCCCCCUCCAGUUGCAUGUGGAGUGUCUGGUAGUCCCAGUGCGCCCCCUGCCCCUGCAGCUUCACCUGAUCAGCACGAGGAGUGUGACAGCGCUGUUGAGAUCUCUCCCAUCUCUGCAGAGGCCAUCCCUGUUGUCAUGGAUCCAGCAUCAAACACUAAAGACGAGUCCUCUGGUGUAGCCUCUCCAGCUUCCCUGUCAUCUCCAGAAGGGGAACAUGCUGCAAGUGGCACUGAAUUGCACUUAGCACACUCACCAGCCGGACAGCCCACUAAAGACAUUCUUUUGGAGCGACAGAAGGAGUACAGGAUGGCAGCUCUCAAGGCAAAACAAGCAGGAGAUACUGACAAAGCCAAAGUGCACAUAAAGGCCAGCAAGGGAUUCGAUGCAGCAAUUGAGGCUUUGGAGAAAGGCCAGCCGGUGGACAUGAGCUCCCUUCCGCCCCCUCUGUCUCAAGCCUCUACAGUUACUCACCCUGCACCUCAAAAAUCCAUUACCUCACCUUCAGCUCGUGCAGACAGCGGUUCUGGUCCAGCUCAGCCCCAGACUGUUCUUGAAGCUCUGGAACAGAGGAUGGCCAAGUACAAAGAGGCCUUCACACAAGCUAAGGCCAGCGGGGAUGAGCGCAAAGCCCGCAUGCAUGACCGCAUUGCUAAACAAUACCAGGCUGCCAUCCGUGCCCAUAAAGCAGGCCGACCUGUCAAUUUUGACGAGCUUCCAGCCCCUCCAGGCUUUCCUCCAAUCCCAGGCCAGAAGGCAGCUGCUCCAGAGCAGGGAUUGGCUGCAGUUCUGGAAACGGCCAAUAAGCUGACAUCUAAUGAAGACGAAGUUGGUGAUGGUGAAGAUGAAGAGGGAGAGCAGAAGGUUAAGGCUCUGAAAGUAGGCGACCAAGUGAAGCCCGCUCGUGCAGUACAGCCAACAGUACAGAAGCCCAAGAGGACCCCUUCACCUUCCCCAGACAGAACAUCCAAAAGAGGAAGUCUGCCUGACACUGCUCAACAGCAGCUGGAGUUUCUAGAAGGCCGCAAAAAGCAGUACAUGAAUGCAGCGCUGCAGGCAAAGCAAAAGAACGAUUUAGAGCAGGCCAAGACCCUCCUGCGUGCAGCGAAAGGUUUGGACCCCAUGAUAGAAGCCGCCCGCAGUGGCAAGAACGUGGACGUUAGCAAGGUGUCUUCACCGCCUGGAGAUAAGGACGAGGACUUCAUCCUAGUCCAUCACAGUGAUGUUCAGAUCUCAGAGAAGGCUGAGGAGGUCUACACUCAACUCACAAAACUACUCAAAGAGCAAUACGAGAAAUGUGUGACAUACUCCAAGCAGUUCACACACAUGGGGAAUGUUGCAGAAACAACCAAAUUUGAGAACAUGGCACAACAAUGUAAGAAGAGCCUGGAGAUUCUUAAACUGGCACAGAACAGGGGGCUUCAGCCUCCUAAACAUCACUUUGAGGAGAGAACAUAUCGCACUGUCAGGAUUUUCCCAGAGCUCAGUAGUACAGACAUGGUUGUGUUCAUAGUUAGAGGGAUGAACCUUCCUGCUCCCUCUGGUGUUGCAACAAAUGACUUGGAUGCCUAUGUCAAGUUUGAUUUCCCAUUCCCCAGUACAGAUCAGCCUCAGAAACAUAAAACAUCAGUCAUCAAAAAUACCAACAACCCAGAGUACAACCAGACCUUUAAACUGAACAUCAACCGGAACCACCGUGGCUUCAGGAGAGUUAUACAGGCUAAAGGCCUGAAGCUGGAAGUGCUGCACAAAGGUGGCUUCCUGAGAAGUGACAAGCCGAUAGGAACAGCCCUGCUCAAACUGGAGAAACUGGAAACUGAUAGCGAAGUGAGAGAGAUAGUGGAGCUUAUGGAUGGGCGGAAGGCCACAGGUGGUCGUCUGGAGGUGAGGGUGCGUCUCAGAGAGCCGCUGGGUGGGCAGGACCACCAGACUGUCACAGAACGAUGGCUAGUGUUAGAGGAGCCACAGGUGCUGCUGUAACUGACACCGUGAUUUCAUCUUCACAACAUCUUGAGGUCUCUGUGGUUUUAUGAGAGCAGAUGAAGGUAUGGACGGUGAAAGCUCAAUGGUGCUACUAGCCUCGGGUACAAACCACGUGAAGGAGAAUGUGAGGAACUUGCUCAACAAGCUCUCUGUGCUUUGAGCCGUUCGCAGAGAAACAUAACCACUGACAGAGUGAGUUAGCUUUAUCUUUAUCAGGGUUAAACCGGUUGGACCAGGAUGUAAGAGUUGGGGUAGUUAUUAAAAAUACGGGAGAUAUUAAUAAGAGGAGCGGGUAAAUGUGCACAGACUUGUGUGAGAGGCCUUUUGAAAUAGAUUGCCUUUUGAUUUUAUAAUAACGCUCACCCCAACUGUUACAUUAAUGCAUUGGAGCUAAAGCCAAUGAGAGCUAACUGGUUUUUUUUACUACUCUGGGAUGCACUUACGCACUAAUGCCAAAGUAAUCAUUGCUGCUGCAGGAAGAUGAAUGACUUAAUCUGUUCCCUCUUAAACUAGGAGUCUGUUCCUGCCAUAUCUGAAAUACUAAUUUAUGACUGCUAUGCAAAUGAGUUUGACACUAUUAGCUAUGCAAAAAGUAUGCGUUUGAAUCCCAAUCAUUUUGUCAGACAUUUCAGAACUUGUUUACAUUCACUGCUUGAUUUAUUACAGACAGGCCGUGUCAAAGUACUGCUGUUGAAUAUUAUAUUCCUUAUAAAUACCUUUAAAGCCAUAAACCAGCUUUUACUAAUAGAACUAGAUGUGAAUUAUUCAUAAAAAGUUCAGAAUAGUCGAUUUUUUUUUUUAUGUUUUGAUUCAGGAGGUAAAUGAAUGAUGUGUGCCAUGUUUUCGAGAUGAUUGAAAAUAUAUAAUUUUUCCAGCAAAUUUAGGUUUUGAGUAGCUUUCCCAGCACUUAGCUGACAAUCAGGACUAGAACUGGUGCUGCAAAUGUCGUGAACACAUUCUCUGAACAGAAGUGCCAGUUUAGUUGACAUUAUAAGUAAGCCAAAAAAGUGGUUCUGCAUUGUUUUGAAUAUAUAUUAAACUUAAUAUAUGAGAGAAAUCUAUUAUCACUCUUCUUGCACUUGAUGGUUGUUCUGUAAUAGGGUCGCUCCUAUUUGGACACAAGAUUACAUCUUUUGAUUAUACUUGCUGUAGAAAUGACCUCAGAAAUAGCUUAAAAUUUGCUGAAAAUGUUCUCACCCUCAGGCAGUCCAAGAUGAAGAUGAGUUUGGUUCAGUUUUGGAGAAAUUCAGCCUUACAUUCCUUGCUACCAGUGAAUGGGUGCCGUCAGAAUGAGAGUUCAAACAGCUGAUAAAGACAUCACAGUAAACAUUUUAACUUCAUACUCCAUAACCCUUAAGAACACUUCUUCCAAUGAAAAUGUCCAUCCAUACUGUUGUCCUUCCACGUCAAAAUGUAAUCUGUUUCGGACUUCUAAACAGUGGUGCUUGUUCCAUGCAUAUUCCUCUCCUGAUUCAGACAAGGCAACUUCUUUUUUUAGUGUUUUUUUUUUUCUCCAAGAUUGGGGACUGGAGUUGUGUGAAUUACUUGUAGAUUUUUGAUGUUUUUAUCAGCUGUUUGGACUCAUUUUGGCGGCACCCAUUCACUGAGAAUCCAUUGGUGAGCAAGUGACAUAAUGCUAAGUUUCUCAAUAUCUGUCCCAAAGAAGAAACAAACUAAUCCAUAUCUUGGAUGGUGUAAGUUUUCAGCCAAUUUACAUUUUUGAGUGAGCUGUUCUUUUAACUUUGUUCAACCUCUUUGCAAGUCUAAAAAUACCUCAAGUUUGCCCAUUUAUAUUUUGUGGUCUGUUGGAUUACAGCUUGUGAAGAAUUGACUGACAUUUGGCUUUUAAGCAUGGACAAUGUACGAUCACGAUUUCUCAGCCUAGUUCUUGCACUGUCCAGCAUCUCUGUCCAUUCAUUUCAGUUACAGUUGUUCCCAUCUCAUGUGAAUUGUGUGCUUUGGCACAUUUUCCAGUCUUGGAUCAAGGUUUGUCAAUUCUUCAUGAAAUGGUUAAAUCCACUGCAAGGAUUAUCCUGAAAAACUCAGCUCUUAUUUGUCUGGUCAUGUUACAUAUGCAUUUAGUCAUGCUGUUCUCAAUGAAUCUUUCUGCUCUUUCCCUCAAGAAUCGGCUGUGUAAUUUAUUUCUAUUUCACACCGUUUAUUGCAACUUUUUUUUUUUCCUCUUGGUUAACUGAAAUGUUUCAUUUAAUUUUAAUUUAUAAUGGAAACUAUUAAUAUAAAAAAUGUUUUCAGUUUCUUGUACAAAAAUGAAAUUUUGUAUAUUCAGCAGGUUUGAUAAAGACUGCUUUUAUUGACAUUUGUAGUGUACAAUAAAGAAAGGUUGUACUGUU